GGCCUCCCAGAGUGCUAGGAUUACAAGCCUGCACUACCACACCUGGCUUAAGCCACUAUGGCUUGCAGAAAUUCUUUUGUAUAUUUCACUGUCGGUUUUGGCAGAACUUACUGUAAUAUCUAUUUUCCAAUUGUUAUAUUAGGGGUAAACAUUCUAGUGUAAGAAAUGUGGAUUUUGGUGCUGUGCACGGUGGCAUACAACUGUGAUCUCAGCACUUGGGAGGCUGAAGCAGGAGGAUCACUGAGUUUGAGGCAAGGGAAGGGGAGGGGGAGGAGAAGAGAAGAAGGUAGAAUGAUUCUGGUUUUAUUCCACAGCAACACUUGCAUGAUAGUAAACUGCAGAUGUUAAACUACCUCAAAAAUGCAAAGCUAACAAAAAGAUGUUAGAAAAUGCCAACCAAGUAGGAAGCAAGAAGAGGUCUAAGGAUCUGAGCAGGUCACUUGAACUACUUUGCUUUUGCUUUGUUUCUUUUGUUUUUUGGUACUGGGAAUCGAACUUGGGACCUCACAUAUGCCAGGCAGGCGCUGUGCCGCUGAGCUACAUCCCUGGCCCUACUUGAAGGACUUCGGAUCCAGCUGUCCUUUUAUAAACCAAUAAAUUUGUUACUAUGCUUUUUUUUGGUACCGGGGAUCGAACUUGUUACUAAAAUCCCAAGGUUACUGUAGGGUUGCUUUUUAUUAUAGAAAUGUGUAAGCUGGUAUAUACUGUUCAGAGACUUUCUCUUCUGAGUUUAAUCUUUAUGCCCCUGCCCUUUUCGCUGAAAGCUCUAAGAGGUUCUCCAUCACUGGCCUAUGCUGUAGUAAUUCUUUUAGAUGUAAAUACUAAAUAAACCUAAGUGGCUGACAGGAUGAUGGCGGACUGGGUCGCUUAUGAGGUGUUCGAGCCAAGGCACACCCUUUCCUCCCUCACAUGGAUGGGCCAGCGCACCAUGGCCCUAUUAAAGGACUUUUUUUUUUCUUUGCUGUGGGGUGGCACGGAGCCCACGGAACAAGGGAGUGGCUCGCUGUUUCGUAAGGACUACCUCAGAUUCAGGGUUGAAGUGCUGUUGAGAAACAGCAGAGAAGUGUUGCAUCAGGCACGCAGAAGGUGCACAAGGCUUUCUGUAUUUCUCCUCUCUUCCCUCAGCUACUCAACAACCUUCCAACUCACCACACCUUCAUGCCUCACCAUCAUUUCUGCUUACACUCCACUAACAAACUCAGCCCAUGGCCUUGCCUAGCUGCAAGGGGGAUGGGAAAUCUAGACUUUACCCAGCUCUGCUGUGGGAUCUGUCACUGAGGAGGGACAGCAGAUGCCAGGGCAGGGGACGUGACACCUCACUCACUCAAGCCCCACUCACCCUGUGCGUUUGGCAACAUUUAGUUAAUGUAUCUGGGAAAUGAGAUUUCUUUCAUUAUAUAUAACUUUUUCUUCAAAAACUUCAGUCCAUAAAUCCUUAUUUGCAAUUCUGAAAUAUGAAUAAUUCUCUUAAAAUGAAGAGAUAGUCCGCAAGUCUGGCACCAAAACUUUUUGUGCCACAAAGCCUGUGUGAACUGCCCUAAGACUCAGUUGUCUUACAGCAUUCCGCCCAAGUAUCUUCUGUGUGCUGAUAUUUUGUUGCUUCUUUUUGUUCCUUUGUAACCAUAAAAAUGGCAAAUAGAGUCAAAGAUACCAUUAUGGGUAAUAGUGAGAAGAUAAAAAGAAGAAAGACCCCUACUCUCAUUGACAAUGCAGAGAUGUCAUCACAGAAGCUUCAUUCAUCUCAGGGUGUCUGUCAGCCUUUCAAGUACCAUAUAUGACAUAAAGAAACACAGGUCAAGGGCCUGGCAUAGUGGCGUAAGCCUGUAAUCCCAGAACCCGGGAGGCUGACAGGAGGAUCUUGAGUUCAAGGCCAGCCUGGGCCACAGAGCAAGUGCAAAGCCAGGCUGGACUAAAUAGUGCAACCAGUAUCAAAAAAUAAACAAAUGAUAAAAAAAUCAAAUUUUACAGUGAUGAUAAACAAAGUUUAAUGGAAAUAAGAAAACACUGCAUAGGACAAAAGCCAAAGAUCUCCACUGGGUGUUGGUGGAGUGGAUUCAACAAGAAAUGAAUGUAUAGUAUAUCUAAAUACUAUACCUCAAAGAACUGAACCUGAAGGAGUGGGUGAACAUUCAUGUAAGUUGGCUGUGGAAAUCUGAGAAACAUCAUUGCAUAAAACAGUCUGAAAAUAAAAUGGGAAUGAAUGCCUCCUACUGGUCAAGAUGCAUGGGAAAAUGAUGUUCACUGGUCACGUCUGAUAAGAACCUCAGUCUUCUGCCGCCUGCCUCGCAAGCCCAAGGACCCAAGUUCAAGCCCCGGUACCAAAAAAAAAAAAGAACCUCAGUCUUGAGUGACUCCACAGUGCUGAUAAAGUGGGCUCAAUGAACAGGCUGAUUGGUGGGGAAGGGCUUGGCACAUUUUUCUUUUCCUACAGAAGUGUUCUAUACAGCCCACCCUGAACUUAUGAUGCAAUGUGGGACUUUAUCCUCCACGAAGAGCAAACAAACAUCUAGAAGAAAAAACAAAAAUUGUCCUGAUGCUUGCUUGCUGCUCUUAUAAAGAGACUGGGCUGGAGAACUUGCCUAAAUGGCAGAGUACUUGCUUAGCAUGUACAAGCCCCUGGGUUUCAAUCUGCAGCACUGCAAAAACAAAAUGAGUAAAAUGAAAUAAAUGCUUGGCACUCAUGUGAAUGUAACCACAGACUACUCAUGAGAACAUCAGACACUCAAAUUAAGUUCUACAAGAGACCCAACCAGCACUACUCAAGUUUCAGGGUCAUGAAAACAAGGCUGUGCGACUGCUACCAACCAAGGUGUUGAGGAGAUGAGGUGAAGAGAUGAAGUUGGGUGCCCUGGCUGGGGCCCUCGGCAGAAAGGCUACGUGAGAAAACGUGAAAUCUGAACAAAGUACAGACCACAGUCAGUAGUAUUGUAUCCCUGUUAACUUCUGAGUUUUAACAAAUGUGUCAUGGUUGUUCAGCAUUAGUGGAAGACAGGUAUGAGAGAUAAGAGAACUUUGAAUUACCUUUGCAACCUUCUUGUAAUUCUACAAUCACUUCAAAACUUUUUUAAAUGCUCAGCAUAGGCCGGGGACUUAGCUCAGUGGUUUUGCCACCUACUGAGGACCCGAGUUCCAUCCCUGGUACAAAAAACAAACAAACAAACAAAAUAAAAUGCUCAGCAUGGUCUUUGGCUUACAGUGAUAUCUGAAAUCACAUUUACAAAUAAAGAUUUGGAGGAUUUAUCACUAAGGAGACAACUACCUUAUGUCAAAAGUUCAUCAGCUUUUGAAUAUAAAUAAUAUAAAUAAAGCUGACAUUAAAAAAUGAAAAAAGGGUGCUAGGAGAGCGAGCUAAUGCACCCGGGCCGCGGCGUCGGGAACUAUGGUGCUUCUGAACAUCCUGAUCACCGGUACACCAGGAGUUGGAAAAACCACACUAGGCAAAGAACUUGCGUCCAGAUCAGGACUAAAGUACAUUAAUGUGGGUGAUGUAGCUCGAGAAGGGGCAUUAUAUAAUGGCUACGAUGAAGAGUAUGAGAGUCCCAUUUUAGAUGAAGAAAAAGUAGUUGAUGAGUUAGAGAACCAAAUGGCAGAAGGUGGAGUUAUUGUUGACUACCAUGGUUGUGAUUUCUUUCCUGAACAAUGGUUUCAUGCAGUUUUUGUGUUGAGAACAGAUAACAGUAUAUUGUACAAAAGACUUGAAACAAGGGCUUAUAAUGAGAAGAAACUAGGAGACAGUAUCGAGUGUGAGAUUUUUCAAGUUCUUUAUGAAGAGGCCAUGUUAUCAUACAAGGAAGAUACUGUGCACCAGCUGCCCAGCAAUACGCCUGAAGAGCAAGAGGACAACAUAAACCAGAUCUUGAGAUGAACUGAGCAGUGGGUCAAAGGUCACAACCCAUGACUGGUCACUUGGUGGUGCCUCUUUGCCCACCUCGUGGACACGGGCUCCAAGUAUCUGUAAAAACCAAAACUAUGUGGAAGGCCCAGCAGGUAUUUUA